AUGGCCGAGGACGAGGCUACCCAUCCGGUCACCGACCCCCAGAGGCUGGACACGAGCCGCAUCCGGUGGCUGACCCGGACGAUGCGGGAGCUGCUGGUGAACCCGUACGACGAGCUGCGGCGCAGUCUGCGCAACAUCCGCGAGUGCCUGAGCGAGUCGCACAACAUCGGUCGCGUACUCGUCGCCUGUAUCGCCAACGUGCAGCAGUACAUCGACGUGGUCGACUACGCCAAGGACUUCGAGAAGAUGGGCGGCUUCCAGGUGUUUCCCGACCUCCUGGACUUCCCGAGUUCUGUGGUUCGUGUGCAGACGUGCGCACUUAUAGCCGAGCUGGUGCAGAACAACCCGCACUGCCAGCGAGCGGCGCUGCUGAGUGCGCGCCGCCUGCUACACCUGCUGGACACCGAGACGGAUGACGAGGUGCGCUGCAAGGCACUGUACGCGUUGUCCUGCAUGGUGCGACAGAACAGGGACGCCUACGCCAACUUCGAGAAGCUGGGAGGACCAGCCGUGUUGCGAAGGACCCUCUUCGAAGCGACCAACAGGCGUCUCAAGACCAAGGCGAGCUUCCUGGUGGCCACGCUCUGCAGCCAGGAGGACGGCUUCCGCUCCACGCUCGCCACCUCGGAGUUCGCCCGCGACGCCGUCGAGAUGCUUCCGCACGUGGACGGCGACUGCCGCCAGUUCUUGCUGAGCGCCCUGCUGACGAUGGCCACGCACAGCGCGCAGCCGCUGCUCAGGGAGCUGCCGGCCAGGGAAGCUCUAAUGGCCACGCUGGCAGGCUUCAUUCGCGAGCAUGGUGAUGCGGCGCAGUACCAGGAAGUGGUGCAGUACUCGACCGAGAUACUGGACCUCAUCCGCGACCGCAGCGAGCGGUCGAGGACAAUCUCGAUCCGCUCUUAA